UCCAGCACUACUCGAAUCGCAUUUAAAUUUUAAAACGCUGGCAAAAAUCUCACUAGCUUAAGUUUCUAUUUAGUUUUUUUUGAUUAAGUGCAAGGGAAAGUCCGCCCUCCUCGUCCGCAGAUGAUUUUUUUAAAAAUUAAAGUUUUAAAUUGCUAAAUACCCGUCGCCCACGCACUGCUAUUGUUCUUGUUGCUGCUGUGUGUUGUUGUUGUCGCUGCUGUUUCUGCUGAUCUUGUUGUUGUUGUUGGUGCAAGGACAAGUGACGUCCUUCGAAAAAGGCGCAACAAUUUACCCCGCGCAACAAGGUGUUUUCGGGGGGUGGCGGGAAAAUCAAUAAAUAGCAAAAGCAAGUGCAUACACAAGUGCGCUAUUUCGCUGUGCAGCCAGCUGUAAAAAAUAGCCAGCUAAACAAAGGCAUUUCGCCUUAAGAAAUAGGCCGCCCUAUUAUGGACAACACGGGCGAGGACAGCGACAAUGAUGUGGUCACCGAUUUCCUAAACUCUAACUGCAGUGAAUCCUCGGAAGCGGUGAUCAAUGGUGGCUCUGCCACCCGGGGUGCCUCCAUCGAAAGCCAGAACUACUGCAUACCGGUGAUAAACGCACCUGCUCCUGCUCCUGCGCCCGCUGCAGUGGCUCCUGCUCCUGUUCCCACAUCCACUCCUGCCAGCAUCAUAAACAACAACAUGAUACCCACCAUCAAUGUGACUCCACACAGUCCGGCCUUGGCCUCCAAAUACAACAACAUAUUCGAGGACACGCUCAGCCAGCUGCAAAGUAUACGGGAAACGGUCGUCCAGAUGAAGAACUCCUCCUCCACCAGUCAGCACAUGCAGGAUGGCAACCUAGCCAAUCAUGGCCUGCUCAGCGCAGCCCUACUGAGUGCCUCGCUGCCCGACCUUACGGGCAUGACCACGGGAACAGGAGCCGUGUCCGGUGGCGCAAACUACGCCAUGUGGUCGUCGACGGCGCCGCAGCAGUGCCUACUCCUGCACACGGACAGGAGGAAGUCCUGGACAGCGGUGGACGAUGCCAGUGGCGGGGGGGACUGCACCAACAAGAGCGUAAGCCUAUCCAGUCUGGACAGCGAGGAGCAGGAGACCAUCCGCGUCACCGAACAGCGACGAAGGUCGGCCAGGAACAGCACUGGAGGUAUUUCCACCCACUCCCUGAACGAGGCGGAGCUGGCCCGUGACUUCGAGAGGAUUGCAGCCAAACGAAGCCUGGCCACGGAAAUCAUCAGCCGGAUACCGCUGCAGAAAAGCAUAUCGACGAGCUCCAUCAUCGCCAAGGAGGAUAUCAAGGCGAUCGCCCGCCACCUUACGGACAGCGAGGAUGAGAACCAAAGCCUGCUGCGGGCCCACGCAAAGAUCGAGGUGUAUGACAACGUAGAGAAGCGUCCCAAGCGAGGUUCCCUAUUCUUCCGCAAAAAGAAGCCCAAGGCGAAAACGAAGUCUUUAGUCGGUGGACAACUUAGUGCUUGCGACGUUUGCGGGGCAGCCAUAACACUGGCGCAAAUCAAGGAGCACCACCUGGAGUGCAAGGUGAAGAAGAUGGCUGCGGGCCAGGACUUUUACGACGGGCCAGAUGCCAAUGCCUAUAGCAAUCCAGAGGAUCAGCCGCUGAUACGUUCCGACCUGCAGUUCCUCAACGAGCCGCUUAUCGAAGCGCAGGACUUGGGCGCGGAUCCCGCUUUGGGCAUUGUUCUCAAGGAGCACGACUCCUGGACUCCCAAUGUGCCCAGGGAGCUGCUCAAGACGCUCAAGGAACUGCAAAUUAAGCGGCAGGAGCACAUCUAUGAGUUCAUCAUGACCGAAAAGCACCACUGCCAGACGCUGAUCGUUAUGCAGAAGGUGUUCGUGGAGAGUCUGGAGCGGCACUUCCCAUCCCUCAACCUGAACAGCAUGUUUCCGCGCCUGCAGCAGCUCACAGAUAUGCACACCUGCUUCCUGCGUCAACUGCGACUUAAACAACGCGAGCAGCCGAUGGUGGACAGCAUUGCCGACAUCCUGUUGGACUUUUUCUCGCUGGAACAGGCCCAAUGCCUGCGUUUGGCCUACGGCGAAUUCUGCGCCAAUCACCGCAGCGCCCUGGACCAGUUUAAGCUCUGCCUGACCGAACCGAGCUUCGCAGAGUGGUACAAGCACUGUUUGCAGAAUCCGUUGCUCAAAAAGAAGGGCAUUCCCGAGUGCAUCUUGUUUGUGACCCAGCGCCUUACCAAAUAUCCUUUGCUAAUCGAACCGCUGCUGAAGAGCGCCAGGGACAACAAGUUGGAGACAGACAAGCUGCAGCAUGCCCUCAAUCUGGUAAAAUCUCUCCUGGUCGAUGUGGAUGCGUGUGUGGCGGAGAAGGAGUUGCGCGAACGACAGCUGGAAAUCUAUGGUCGAGUGGAUGCCAAGUCUUUUGCCAUCUACAAGAACAAACCUUUCCGCAAAACUGAGCUUGGAGUGGAGUCGCGACGUCGUCUGAAGUUUGAUGGGUUGGCCACGCUGAUGCAGGGCAGGGCUAAAACACAGCUGGUCCUGGUCGUUGUGCUCACUGACUGCCUGUGCUUUCUGAGCGAGAACUCCGGCCACAAUAAGUACUCCUUCUUUACCCCGGAACAUAAGGCGGGUGUGGUUCCCCUCCAGAAGCUGCUUAUCCGCGAAAAGGCAGGCACCGAGUCCCGAGGAAUAUAUAUCAUCAGCUCUAAUCCUGACUUUCCAGAGAUGUACGAACUGAAAGUGCAGACGCCCAAGGACAAGAACACCUGGAUCCAGACCAUCCGGCAGGCUGUACUCGAUUGCCCAGCCACGGACAUCAUCGAGGCGGAAGAUCUGACAGCGGAGGAAAAGCUGCGAAUUGGUGUGAACAAGAGGGAAACCAUAGAGAAGAUGCGACAGAAGGACAUAGAACAGGCGCUAUUGCUAGAGGAGAAACUGAUGCUUCAGUUUAAUCUUCUCAAGGAACAGCAGCCAUUCGGCGAUUUGCCCGGCUCCAGUUCUAAUGGCAGUGCAGCCAAUUUUUUGGCAGCUUUUGGCUCUUACAAGGAUCUCGUUAGCGCUGACUGCGACACGGCUGAGCUCUGGCGCAGAGUGCUCAACACGGUGCAGGACAUUAGCCAGCUGGCGUCCACCAUCUACUCGGCGGCCACCGGGCAGCCGGUGUCACGAACUCUGAGCAGCGUGGGCGAGAAGCAGAGCGAGCAGUACGCCUCGCCAACACUUCCAAAGCGGGCGGAAACCUUUGCCGGCUUCGACGAGAAGCGUGGCAAGCUGGCCUCCAAGCUGGUACUCACUCCGCGACUUCAGGAGCUGGAGGAGAAGCGCGAACCAAAGAGCGGAACAGGUUCCGUGGUCGAUCAGCCACUGGAAAACAACUAUGCUGUGCUGCAGGUGUCGCACCAUCUGCAGACUCUGCUCUGCAUCAUCUCCCAGCAGAUGACCUCCAUCCAUAACUUGCAAUUGCAGUUGGCCCUGUACCGGGAGAGUCCUCGUUCGAGUGCUUACACGCACAAGGAUCAGCUGGAGGAGUUGCGGAACCUGCAGGACAAGCAGCAGGAAGAGAAGACCGCCUGGCAGCGGCAGCAGAAACAGCAACAGGAGGAGCUCGCCGAAUUGCGGGCACAGCAGCUGCAGUUGCAGCAGCAGAUAAAAGCCGAGCAGGAGGAUGUGCGACAACAGCGUGAACAGCUGUACAGAAAGAUGGAACUGCUUUCCAGUCAGGGUCUGCUGCUUUCGCCCAGCACUCCGCUGCCCCCGGUAACCACCAACCAUCCGCCACCUGCUGCACUGUUUGAUGAUCACCAUGAGACGGACAAUGGACUGAGUGGAGCCGGGAGCAGCACACCCAGUGUGACUGGUACUGUGGAUCGACGCAAAGAGAAGUGGCUGAGCGGAGCCUCCAACUGCAAAACUCCACCUGUGAAUUUGCUCAGUGCUAACAAUGCACCUAAAGCCAACUCCACUUUGGUCAAGCAGAAGCUGCCCAUGAAGCUCUCCUCGCUCUCGUCCAGCGGCAGUUCCAGCUCCCGUGUGGACAAGUCCGCUAGCUUCAAUAGCGCCUCACCGGCACCCUACAUGUCCUCGGGCAGUGUGCAGCAGAUGUUUCCCCUUAAGCUGGCUGACCGGAGGAUUGCCACGCCCUCCAAUUAUUCACCGACUCCCACGGGAAUUGUGCCGCAGCACUCGCGAACCGGAAGCUCGCCGGCAAUCAUUCAGCAAACAACGACCACCACAACGCCCACUCAGGCCGUCGUAUCCCGGACAGAAUCCGCCGCCCACUACUCACGGACACCGACGAGCAGCCGGACGGGAAUUGCAAGGACGACAGGAAUUGGAGUGGCCACUGGCACAGCUCCUCGAGCGAAGCCCGAGGAAGAGGAGAUCUAUUUCUGACGCCAGUUCACGCCGGAAGUCGAAAUAUAAAUGUUGAACCAUUUAAUCCAAGCUCAUCGGUCCGGUCUUAGAUUUUAUUCUAAUCCUCCCUUUGCUAGAGCAAAGACGGAAACCUAUACUUCCUGAAAUAUUAAAUCGGCAAAGAAGAUCGAAAUGAAAAACAGGAAUUGGAAUUGUUUAUCCAUAUCUGUUGAACUGUACUUAAAACAUUCCAAACUCUACAAUGCAUAUUUUCAUACUGCCCAUUUUAGGCUCAACAUCGCAUAUAAAUUAUCUUUAACUUAAGCAAACGUACUGUACUUAAUGGUAUUUUUCACAGACUCGCUACCGAUCCAAUGCAUCUCAAACUGUUCAGUAAUUUAUUUUAAAAAUUAUUUAUUUACAAUUAUUUAUAUAUAUUUUAAAGCAAUUUAACUUCAGACAAAAGUAAAAAUACAAUAAGUAUGAGUGUUUUCUAACGAAUUUUACUUCUUCCAAUAAAAGAAACAUAUUAAAUAUUUAUGAUAUAGCCAAAACGAAAUGUAAAAAGCGUUUAAGCGUUUAUCCAAAUUAGGUUUAGGCACAUAUAUACCCAAUAGAUGUUUAUAUAUAUAUAUAUAUAUAUAUAUAUAUAUAACCACGAGUAAUGACAUUCCAUCGAGAGUGGUGUCCGAUUUUAUUUAAAACAUGCUUUCGCGAUUUUUUAAUUUUCAAUUUGUGACUUAACGUUAUACAAGCUAUUUGCGGUGUAGUUUAUACACUUUGUACAUAAGUUUAAAGAACUAUUUGUAUUUUAAAUUUCCGUUCCUCGCUAUAAGUGUUUUUGAAUUGAGAGGGCACUCGAAACUGAUCCUAAUCCUUCUCAUCUACGCAAUAAUUUAAGCUCGCUCCAAUAAAUGUUUAAAAUUGAAAAAA